AUACUGAGAGAGUAACACUUAGUUCAGCCUGAUACCAGACGGACUAUUCACUGGAGACAUAGCGGUUGGAUUCGCUUCACAUGAUGACCUCAUUUUCUCAGUGAAUAACAUGAUCCAGGCUUCUGAACCUCAUUGUACUCCUGGUUACCUGAAUCCCAUGCAAAACCCGAAUGACGCGAUAUCUAUGCAGAUGUAGGCGAGGACUUGACACCGUCACAUCAAUACUUGGAUUGUGAGGGAUUGUGACAGAUUGUGGCCGUCUACUUUCAUGUACAUAUAUGCAGUGAAUGCAAUCACAGUUCUUUGAACAAGGCACGGAUUUCGUUGAAGGUCUUAUUAUAAUGUGCAUAUCAUUAGUGGAGUAACAAUUCGAUGUGAUUGUUUUGCGGUUGUAUUCUUUUCACUAACUAUGGAAUUAAGUUUUUUAUUCCGUGCGAUACUUACAGCUGUGUGCAUGGGAGGACUGAAAUGCGUGGAACUCAAGGACAACGGAUAUGAACUUGUAGUGGCAAUACACAGGGAUAUCCCAGAGAAUCUCGCCAUUAUCUCGCAGCUGCAGAGCAUGUUUACCUCUGCCUCGGAGUACCUGUACACCACAACCCGGAAGUACACUUACAUAAGAAAUGUGACCAUCUUAGUACCAGACACGUGGACCAAAGAUCCAAGCUGGACAGACGAAGGGGAGAUAACCUUUACUGAUGCGGAUGUUAGAGUCGACUCGCCACAUCCUACAUGGGACAAUACUCCCUACACGUUCCAACCAGGGCAGUGCGGGGAGCCUGGACGUUACAUCCUUCUGACGCCCGACUAUGUUCUGGACAAUGGAAUCAAUCGUGUCCUUCACUAUGGCGAUGCAGGUCGUGCUCUGGUCCAUGAGUUUGCUCAUCUACGGUUUGGAGUCUUUGACGAGUACGGCGUUCCCGGUAGCGACGUCCAUCCAGUUGGGUAUAUCGACGAUACGUCAACAAUCCUUCGCCCCACCGCUUGUUCCAACGACAUCAAAGGUGACUUUGUCAAUUUCGAAAAGGACGCCAGCUGUUCAUCGGUCAGCACCGCCAAGCUACUGGAUGAAGGUUGUGUAUUCCUUCCAAACUCUUACAUGAACAAAGCCACGUCAUCCGUGAUGUAUGCACAAUUUCUAAAGGAGGUGGUCAAUUUCUGUGAAAGCAACCCUGAAAGUGGUCGUAUGGAUUUGAAGCAUAACCCAAAUGCACCAAACAGGCAUAACAAAAUGUGCAAUGGAAGAGGGACAUGGGAUAUCAUCCGGGAACAUGCAGACAUAAAGGGACGUAACCCUCUUGACGUUACCAACCGAAACCCACUGUUUAAUAUUGUAUACCGUCAAAAAGAAGCAGUUGGCAACACCACGGUUUGCGGGCGAAGAUUUGUAUUCGUCUUAGAUCUCUCGGGCUCAAUGGCAUCGAAUAACAGAUACUUCAGACUCCGUCAAAUGGCUGACAAGAUUAUCCGAGACGUCCUUCCUGAGGGAACUGAGACAGGAAUCGUUGUCUUUUCAUCCUCCGGAAGAGUGUGGUCUCCCAUGGGAUUCCUCACAUCUCCCUCAGACAAAGAUGCGCUUGCUCAGGGGCUGCCGCAACUUAGAGACUUCGGGGGCGGCACAGCCAUCGGAAGUGGUCUUCUCGAGGCUGUAAAAUUAUUGGAGUCCAACGGUAAAUCAGCAGCAAAUGGGCGGAUAUUUCUCAUCACUGAUGGGGAACAAACCGUCGCACCUUCUGUACAAGAUAUAUGGACAGACAUCACAUCAAAGAAUGUGGUUGUCCACACUCUCGCCUACAGUGACGCUGCUGCAGCGGUACUGCGAUCCCUGUCUCAAGUCACUGGUGGCCAAUAUUCCUUCUUCGACGAGAGUACGAGUUCCACAGCCCUUGAAGGAGCAGCGGAAAGGCUGCUUGAGGAUGUCAGUGUCUGCGAACAGGAAGUAGAUGCAGCUGUUGAGAUUGACCGCCAUGCGAUAAGUUUGAAUUCGACGUUGUCAACGUACGAACGGAAUAUCUUGAUUGACUCCACCAUCGGGAACAACACACUGUUCGUCUUUACACUUUCGAGAGGUUCUGAAACAGAGGUCAGCAUUAAAGAUCCUUCAGGGAAUGUCCAAAACAUGGAUUCACUAACAUACAGUAAGGACGAAUCUCUCAACAUCAUCCGGUUCCUCAUUCCGCUGGCCCGGACAGGGAGAUGGACGUAUAAACUGAAACGUGGUGCAAACUCAGUUGAGUCCGUUGUGGGUGUGGUCAAGUCUCACCCACGUGUCGGAGCCCUGCCCUAUGAGGUGGAGACGUGGAUUAGCUCAAAAGAGUUUAACUAUUCAAGAGGCAGCGGAGUUGUUGUGUAUACGUACGCCCACCAAGGGUAUGCUCCAAUCAUCAGAGCCAAGGUUGACGUCACUGUGUCCAGAGCAGGAGAAGCUCCCUUCAAUGUGAUCCUGAGGGACAACGGACUGAUCCCUGACAACACAGCAAAUGACGGCGUUUACAGCAACUACCUGCUCGGCUUCAAGUCCAACUCCCGUUACUCUGUGGAGGUGAGGGUGGAGUCGGUGGACGGACAGACUGUCAUCAUCAAAGCUGGAACCGCCCUGUCUGGCAGAACACUAUCUGUGUAUCAGAAUAACUCAGCUCCAGUGAUCUACCAGCCGGUGGACGCGUUCAGCAGGACAACAUCCCCUGGAGCAAUAGAUAUCCAAGGUUAUGACCCCUUAGUGGAUCAACUAGAUCCGGGUCGGGUCACUGACCUUGACAUCGGCAUAGUGAACAGAGACAGCAGAACAAUAGCUAUCACUUGGACAGCCACUGGGGAUGAUCUCAAUGUCGGCACAGUUGCAAAAUAUGACGUCAGAGUAGCAAGUUCUUUUGAUGAACUUCGUAAGAAUUUCAUAGCCGCCUACGAACUAUCGAGCAGCAACGUUUUGAGUGGCAGCCUCACCGCACUUCCGGCAGGCUCGCAACAAACGGUACAAGUCGCGUUGCCUAGCAGCCAGACAAAUAAUUUCCACGUCAUUGGUCUGAGAGCAGUGGAUGACGCAAACAGAACUUCAUCGAUAUCAAAUCUGAGAUCUGUAACAUUUCAAGCAAUCACAAUUCCACAGCGAACUACGACAACGACGACAACAACAACAACCACCACGACACAAAGGACAGAGAAUACUGAAAAGACUACGAGGCGACCUAGUAUCACCUUUACACCAUCAAAUAACAACUCAUUGCUUUUUGGGAUUGCAUUUGGAGUUGGGGCUGCAAUUAUCAUCCUUCUCAUUAUGAUCAUGUUUAUUGUAUGUGUAAUGCCCAUGCGUGAUAAUGUUUCUCGUAAGUCUGAGCCUGUUUCCAAUGUUACUAGUGUAGCACAAAUGGUCCGCUUAUCUAAGGCGCCACGAUUUGCUAGGCAGAACUAUUAUCUCCCUUAGCCGUGCAGGAUCCCGUUUUGAUUUGUGAGAAAGAAAGCAUCGUAUGAUCGCCACUACUAUAGAUACUUGUGGGUUAAGUGUAACAAAACCUAUCCCACAUUCUUUCCAAACUGAGCUGACAGUCCCUGAUGGAAAUGAAAUAUUGUUCAAAGAGCGUUUUAUCCACUCACUACUUAUGUACUCCUGAAGGUUCUGUUUGAUUGCUGCUCGUAGCAUUGCUGGCAUACCAUGAUGUAAAGCUGGCACGACAACUAGAAAGACACGAUAUUACACAAAAUGUAAUCAAGAAAUAUCGAUUAUACUGACUAAAUAAUUAAUCCAUGCACCCGCAUUCUAUAACCAUGCAAAUAUUGCUCACUAAAACAACUGGUGCUAAGUACAUGUACAUAUAUGAUUGAGUAGAGAGUGUUGGCGUGAUUCUCUAGCAAGCUGCUGCUGCGCUCCUUAGUAGGGAUUUAAAACCCAAAUUUUGUCUUAUUUCCAUCGCUGUCUGUGGUUUGUCUGAACCAUAGCGUGUUGAACACGGCCACUAUCAAAGUAUACAGCUUUUAUCACCACUGGAAGUUUCCGCUUCAAGAGUUUUGAUGAGGUUUUCAAGACAAACGAUGAAGGUGACAGACUGUCAUGAUCUUGAAACACAAGAAUAUAACCAACAUGUGAUAGUGGCAGAGCACAACGUAGGCAAUGGUAUACUUCAUUAUUUCGUCUGUCAAAUGUUCUUUGUUUUCAUGUGUGUCCGUUUUCUGGAGAGAGAUAAAUCAUCUUUCUGAAUGAGAAAUAAUUAUGCUGGAACAACUCACCUGCUCACUCAUGUCAUCAUUAUCAGUCAGGAAAGGGAAACAGAAAGCGUGUAUGUAUUUCACAUAAGCAAGGUCUACACUUAACACGGCAACAAUGUAUGAAGAUGAGAUAGAAAUAAGUAAGGUACUUCUCCGGUGGCCAUUGACUUGCGAAUACCGAAAACGUCAUUUGCAAGAAAAUUAUAUAGUUUAGUAUUUUGUUGGCAUGUGAAGUAGCAAACCAAACCA